AACUGUUGUGGAUGAUGACAGGAAAUCAGUUACCCUCUACUGUACGGUGUGGAAUAGUGCUUUCGAGGCACUUUUGGAAUAAUGUAAAAGUAUUGUUGUGAUAUCUUUAUAUUUAUCAGAAAUGACUGUCCCACCUAGUCCCCGAUCUAUCAUCGUCAGUGUAAUUGACAGUAAGCCGACGAAAUCUAAAUCCGAAUCGAAAUCAAUAGUCACCUGGUGCCGGUCACAAUGGAAGGCGAUCGUUGCAGAAAUUAUAGCUACCAUGCUUUUGAUGUUACUAGGAUGUAUGGCCUGUAUACCAAUCGAUGGACUUGAAAUACAUCCACCUCUUUACGCUCCUAUUGGAUUUGGUUUAGUUAUUUUAUGUAACGUUCAAAUCUUCGGACAUAUAUCGGGAGCAUAUAUGAAUCCAUUCGUGUCGGUUAUUGGAAUUAUCUAUGGAAAGAUUUCCUUUGUAACAGGGAUACUAUAUAUAAUAGCGCAGUGUGUUGGAGCAAUAUUCGGAUAUGGAAUAUUGAUAAGCGUGUCACCACACAAUAUGUUAGAAAAGGGAAUUUGUGUGACGCAUCCGCAUCCUAAUCUUAAUGAUUAUCAGGCUGUAGUUAUUGAGAUGUUUUUGACCGCUGUAUUAUCUUUGGUGAUAUGUGCUUUGUGGGAUCCAGUGAAUGCUAAGAUGUUGGAAUCGGUUGCUAUAAAGUUCGGUUUCACAGUCGCUGGGCUAAGUAUAGCUGGUGCUCCAUUGACUGGCAGCAGUAUGAAUCCUGCGAGGUCGUUUGCGCCUGCGUUAUGGAACGGGAGAUGGCAGUCUCACUGGGUGUACUGGAUCGGACCUUUGGUCGGUGGUAUACUUCCAGCAUUAUUCUAUAAAUAUGUUUGGAUGAAACAUCCUGAAGCUGUUAACACGGCGAUACAGGAUUCAGAUCAGAGAAAAGACGAAGAUAGAUAAAUUACACAAUCAGAAAUGAUGUCGAAUUGAGACAUUGCGAGUGAGUUUUUAUAUUACUUUAGUAAUGUAUGUGCUAUUUGCAACUCGCUUAAAGUAUGUAAAUAUUAUAGUAAUUCGAAAUUGAAUCGAUAAAUAAAUGCUGAUUAAAAUAUUUACACUAACUUUAUAA